UGUCGAUCGUCUUUGCCCUGACUGGAACAACGGUUGAAGAUAAGGGUUCUUCACACGCCUGGAAGCCGAUGUUGCGCGAAGCACUGCCAAUCUCAGUCAUGAAGUCCCUCCUCGCGAUGAAUUACCGGUCUCAGUCAUCACGCCGAUUUGUGCGCUCGCUAUGCUUUGAUUCUGUCGGCUGGCGAUUGGCUGCGUACAAUCCGAAAGCUGGGGAAACAACUUGUGGCUUCACGGGCCCUCUGCCACAUGCACAACAACAUACCUGGUACUUACUUCCUGAUACAUGACAGUGCUGGCAUGAAGGGGACAUAUACUUCUUGAUAUUGUUUACCUCUGCUGCCAUUGCUUAUAUAUUAAUGUCAGAUUUAUUGCUCCUUUAGAUUCCCCUACCUGUGCUGCUCAAAACCACCAUUCAAAACAUACUUCAGCAGCUCUGGUAGCCAAUAUCUCGUCAUGUUGACAGAGACACCUCGCAAUGGCACUACCAAUGGUGCGACCACUGGAGAUGCAAAAAGCGGUGUUCUCGAAGGUGUUUUUCCUGCGUCGUGGUACACCCAACCCGACUUCUACGACUUCGAGCGCCGGGCGAUUUUCUCGAAGCGAUGGUUGCUCACCACGCAUCAACUUCGUCUCAAAGAAAUGGGAAACUAUCUGAGGUUCGACAUGGCCGGCUUCAACUUCUUCUUGAUCAAGACCAAGUCAGGCGAGAUCAAGGCUUUCCACAAUAUCUGCCGCCACCGAGCGUACCCUCUCAUUGACAAAGACCAGCCUGACGAGGGGAAGAAGUCCAUCCUCAGCUGCGGCUACCAUGGCUGGUCAUUUGGUCUGGAUGGAACGUUGGCAAAGGCACCCAAGUUCGAAGAGACCGAAGGAUUCAACCGAGAGGACUACAGUCUCUUUUCCAUUCAUACUCACGUUGACAAGGUUGGAUUCGUAUGGAUCAACUUUGACUCUUCGCCAACCCCGACCCCGUGGGAGGAGCUGAAUGGGGGCACUGAUGAACAGGCCCGCCUGGCAGAUUUCCCACUCGACGAUUACGUUUAUCACCGGACAUGGACCACGAACGGCAAGUACAAUUGGAAGCUUGUUGGGGACAACUACAAUGAGUGCUACCAUUGCAAGGCAAGCCACCCGGGUAUCACAAAGAUCACCAACUUGGAUCGAUAUUCAGUAGAACCACACGCUGGCCGUUUCGAACACUUCCCUCCGAACAGAGACGACAUAAAGGCAGAAGACUUUGAGUACUUCGGCAACGGAGCGUUCACCUACAACUAUCCAAACUCUUCGGUCAAUUUGUCCACCCCUUACUUUUUCAUUAUGCGUGUCGUUCCUACCGGCCCCACAACUGUUACAACUGAGUAUCAGACCUUCCGGAAUCCAAAGUCGCCCAUGGAUGUCUUCCAGCGAGCGGCGGAUUUCUUCGAGGGCAUUGAAUUGGAGGACUACACAUUGAUGAACGGCGUCCAGCAGAGCUUGAAUUCGGGUGUGUAUGUGCAAGGCCCAUUGCACACUCGCCGCGAGGGAGGUGUUCUGUAUUUCAAGACGCUGAUCGAAGCCGACCUGAAGAAACAUAUGGCACUAGAGGCCGACAAAGGGCAUCAAGUCUGGCCAGCAAAGCGUAGCCAGCAGCUUCACCCCGCCGUGCUGAAGCAAGAACAAUUUUGUUCCGAUGUGUGCGCCUGCGCACAAAGACAGCAGAACCUGACGUCGAUCGGCGUGAGUAGCAACGAAACAGAGAUCAAGGCUUGGUAGGGUUCUAGGGAGACAUAUCUGUGGUAUCGGUGACGAGGUUGACAACACAAAGAGCUAGUUGACCACUACGUACCUCCAGGAUCUGAUCGAUGUAAGACUUCUGUGUCUUGAGCACGCGAUUAGUGGACAGCUUGACAUAGGAAUGUGGAAGCUCCCCUGCGAUAUCGCACUACGGGGUACGCUCCAGGAUGUGUGCUUCAUUAGGCAGGCUCAGUCGGAUAGGAUAUUAUAGCAUUCAAUGUCUUUCUUCC